AUGUCACGAGUUACCAUGAUUGCCAAUGCUGUCAAUUGCCGGUUCCCAACGCAAUUGAUGAUGAAUGAGUGGAUAGGGAUAAACGGCACAUUCUCGCAAAUUAUUCGCUGGAAACGAAAGCCCGUGUGGCUGCCACAGGCUAAAUCCAAAUUAUUCAAAGUACCACCCAGACUACACAUUCCUAAAGAAGAAUCCGUUGAAAUUCUGAGAUUGUACAAUCAUUAUCGCACGUACAGAAAAUCAAUCAGAGAAUACUUAGUGCAACUAGUGAAAGCGAGUCAAGUGCAAUUCGACGAAGCGUCAGUCAGAAAAGCUGAAGAAGAAGAUUAUGCGAGAUGCUGCAUUAUCAAUGAGGAAUGGAAUAAAGAAGUGUCAAAAACCAGGGACAUUCGACUGGCAAAAGAAAAAGAAGCACGGAAGGAACAUACCCUGCAGAUGAUCAGUAUGAAGAAGGAAAAACAGAGGCUGAUGAUGGAGAAAAUCGAAGAAAAAGUAAAAAAAGCCAAACUGGAGGCAGUAACCUUUAUUACCCCCGAUAAUAUAGAUCGUGCGAUUGAAGAAGCUCUAGCUAAUGUCGUGGAUUACAAUGCAGCAAUCGAUAAAAAUGGAAAUUAUUAUGGGAAAAAUGUGACUAACGAACAACAGGCUUCAGUUUAACAAUGAUAAUUUCAUUGGAUAAAGUUUAUUAUAUCCUUCGAAAGACUUUUUCAUUCGGGAAACCUAAUGUACUGUAUGUAGAGAUCAUGAUCAUCAUUAUUACCACCAUUUAUCUUAAAAAAAAAAAAACAAAAAGUGUUUAAAAAAAUGACAUUCUUCUGUACAUAUUUUUUCCACAUACAAGAUUUUUACCAUCCUAGAUCUACAACUGUUACACAUCAUACCUCAUCGUGUCCUCUUUGGAGCUGGGAUCGAAAGAAAAAACAUUCAAUUAUUUCUGGAAGUUAAAAAUUGUUGGGGCAAAAUAUCGACUCAACUAAGCAAAAAAUUCUUUGGCAUUAUAUCGAUAAUAUAUUUCUCAAAUGAGACAACUCGACGUUACUCGCAUUGAAUAAAUUUCACUCGAUUAUUGAAACAAUGAUGGAUGACAUUCCAUUAAUUCACCGGCUUGGCUUUUCAUUCACGAUCGUUCAAAGUUACUAUCAAUAUAUCUUGAAUAUGAUUGAAUAAAUCCUGAUUGUGUGCGUGUA